UCGACGUAGUACAGGCUCCAAUUUGAAAUUUUAACCCAUACCUUUGUGCAUGCGUGUAAAACAACAAACUGACGAUUUAUAUGCUUAAUCAUCUGUAAUAUACAUUGUUGUGAUUGAUAGUGGCUGGACUUUCUAAGAACUUAAUAAAGAAUAAUCACAUUUAUUUCAUAAUUAUAUUUCCCCCCAUUUUAAAUUCUUAUUAUCCAAUGAAACGUUAGAUUUUUGUGAUUUUUUUAAAUAAAAGAUCAAAAGGAUUAACAAUGCAGAUUAAUUUUCACAGCCUUCUUUGAUCGUAUGGACUCACCAUAGAUACAGGAAAAAUCGACUCACCUAACUAUCGCGAUUUUUUAUUUACGAUUUUAACAUUUUUAAAAUAGAAUCGAUAUUAAUUUCUAAUUAAUACAUUGCUUUAUUUUAGUCCUUUAUUAAAUACGAGAUGACACUUCACUAAAGCGCCGAAACUACGAGCGUGCAACGCGUGAAAUAAAAGUACAAUACCGAUAAAUCAUAACUGGUACUGCGUGUGUUAGCUGGGAAGGAUUUGCAUGAAGGAACACACUCUCUGAGAUACUUCUACACUGGUGUGUCUGGAGACAUUGACUUCCCAGAGUUCACAGCGGUCGGUCUGGUUGAUGUUGAGCAGUUUAUGUACUUUGACAGCAACACAAUGAAAGCUGUGCCAAAGACAGAGUGGAUCAGACAGAAUGAGGGAGCAGAUUACUGGACCAGAGAGACUCAGACUGAUAUUAAUCAGCAUCGGCUCUUCAAAAACAACAUCCAGGUCGCAAAGGGACGCUUCAACCAGUCAACAGGUGUGCACACAGUCCAGCAAAUGUACGGCUGUGAGUGGGACGAUCAGACUGGAGCAACAAAUGCGUUUCAUCAGUUUGGUUAUGAUGGAGAGGACUUUCUGUUUCUGGAUCUGAAGGAGUUGAGAUGGAUUUCACCAGUGCAGCAAGGAGUCAUCACUACACAUAAGUGGAACAAUGACAGAGCUGUUCUUGAGAGUAACAGACAUUACUUCAGCACUGUGUGCAUUGAGUCGCUGAAGAAGUAUGUGCAGUAUGGAAAGAGCAGCCUGAAGAAAACAGUCUCUCCUCAGGUGUCUCUGCUGCAGAAGUCUUCCUCGUGUCAUGCUACAGGUUUUUACCCCAGUGGAGUAACAAUCACCUGGAUGAGAAAUGGACAAGAACAUCAUGAGGAUGUGGAGGUUGGUGAACUUCUUCCCAAUGAGGACGGGACCUUUCAGAAGACGAGCACCAUCAGAGUUGCACCUGAUGAGUGGAAGAAGAACGAGUACAGCUGUGUGGUGGAGCACCAGGGCAAAACCAUCAGAAAGAUCCUGACAGAGAAAGAGAUCAGAACAAACAAUGGCUCUGAUGAUGACUCAGACAGCUCAGCUCAUACAGAUCCACAUAAUAAAAAUGACACCAGACAUGUGGUAAAUAUUAUACAAGGGAUGCUUACGUCUCUCUCAUCCUUCAUUUCAAAUCUGCAUAUAAACAAAGAGAAAAACGACAAAGGAUCAUAGAUUUCUGCAAGAAGAUAUACUGUAUUUUUGUGCCUCCGCUGACCCUACUCAUAUUCGUCAAUAUUUUCACUCUACUUAACAAAUUGUUUGGCCAUUCUUUUAUCACUUUGUAUUUGGCAACAAUGAUAUGUCCUCACGUCAAGCGAAAUCGGCCAGCAGGCAAGUAGAUCGUGAACAAACGCAUGAAGCGGACAAGAUGGAGGAGUCCCUUGAAUAUUCAUGAUCGCAUCAGACACGGAGAAGCAACAGUCGUUUAUUGAAGCACUGUUUAAAACUCUUCAAGACAGACGGGACAUCAUUCAGAAGGAGCUUUCCAGCUGUUCUAGCGGCGUAAGAGAAUUACGUGAUAGAUACUCCAUCAUGAGCAGCCGAGUUAGUAAAAUGAAUAAAAACUUUGAGAAAUGUACCAUGAAAAUGGUGACUUAUGAGGAGAAACUGGCUAACUUGGAAAACCAGUGUUACGAGAUUUUCGGUUUCAGUGGGUGGAGCAUACAUGAAUAUCCAUGAGUUUCCCGGACAUGCGCGUUAAGGAAAAUGAGCAAUUGUCCUAUUGCAAGUUUGCCUUUUUAUUUCUUUAAUACCUUUUUAUUGUAACUACAAGUUAUUAUAUGUGUUGGUUUAUUAAGAAAGACACCACACAUGUUAUUGUAUUCGUUUUAUUGAAAGUAGUUUAUUAAGAAAGACACAACACAUGGUAUUAUAUUAAGCAUUUAUUGAGAAAGUGUUAUAGCAUAUAUCAAUAGGAAGAUAGCCAGGAAAGAAAUAUGUAUUAGCCAGAGCUUUAAGGAAAGGAAUGUUACCGUUGAAUGAUGUGUUGCGGACGCAGCGAAGGAGGCAUCUUAGAAGAAAGUCUUGGAGAAGAAAAAAUGAGAAAAUGGAGGACUCUAUAUAGGAGUCUUCUGAGGGAAUUUCCAGACCAUCAUGACAUCAAGACAUUGGAAUCCACCUGCUGUCUAUAAAGGACUGAAGUAGAUGAAGAGAAUCAGAUGCUGGUUCUGCGUGACAGCUUCUCCGGUGCCGUCGGCCUUGCCAGAGAUGCCUCUAGACAACCGAGCUUGCAAACCUUACUUUUUAUUUCUGUUUUUUAUAUUUUAUUUGUAAUGUAUUUAACCUAUAUACAAUAAAAUUAUAUUUGAUAAUAACUAAGAAGCUCGCCUGCCUGAAGAGUCUGAUUUAUAGACUUGAG